AUGAUAGCUUUCAACACCUUGGUGGUGACUCAGUUGGUGGAGGACAUUAAAGGGGAGUCGGCUGAUGACUCAACUGAAGAACUAGUGAAGGAGGAUAUUGUUGUGACAACAGAAGAUGAAGAAUGGGAUUCAAUUCAAACACUCAAAAAAAUUAGACCAGACAAAGAACUCGUGGAAAAGUUGGGAAAGCCUGGCCAGACAGAAAUUACUCUUAAAGAUGACCUUCCAGAAAGGGACAGGACUGAUCUUUACAAGACUUACUUACUUUACUGUCUAACCGGUGAAGUGACAAGGGUUCCAUUUGGUGCUCAGAUCACUACAAAGAAGGAUGAUUCAGAAUAUAUUUUUCUAAAUCAGCUCGGUGGGAUCCUGGGAUUGAGUGGUAAAGAAAUAGUUGAAGUACAUAGGAGUCUAGCCGAGCAAGCAUUUAGACAACAAGCUGAGGUAAUUUUAGCUGAUGGACAAUUAACGAAGGCCAGGGUGGAGCAGCUUAAUAACCUGCAGAAGCAAGUAGGUUUACCUCAAGAAUAUGCUCAGAAAAUAAUCAAGAGUAUAACCACCACAAAGAUGGCAGCGGCCAUUGAAACUGCUGUGACACAAGGAAGGCUCAAUAUUAAGCAGAUUAGAGAACUUAAGGAAGCCAAUGUUGAGUUAGACAGCAUGGUAUCCGAGAACUUGAGGGAGACCCUCUUCAAAAAAACUGUUGAGGAUAUUUUCUCGUCAGGCACCGGAGAGUUUGAUGAGGAUGAAGUAUAUGAAAAAAUCCCAGUGGAUCUCAACAUUAACAAAGAGAAAGCAAGAGGGGUUGUUCGUGAGCUCGCACAAGCUAGAUUAAAAAACUCACUUGUCCAGGCCGUGUCGCUAUUAAGACAGAGAAAACAUCCAGGAGUGGUUUCUUCUCUCAAUGAUUUGCUGGCUUGUGACAAAGCAGUACCUGCACAACCGCAAUCAUGGGAAGUGCCAGAGGAACUUGCUGAUUUAUACACUAUAUACUUGAAGAGUGAUCCGGCUCCUGAGAAAUUGGCGCGAUUGCAGUAUCUGCUCGGCAUAAGUGAUUCUACAGCAGCUGCUCUUAAGGAUGUUGGAGAUGCUUUGCUCAAUAGUACUGCUGAGGAAGAGAACUUUGUAUUCUGA